AUGUGUACGAUUGUUAAACUAGUAGCUGAUCAUUCUGAAAAUAUAUUUCAGAAAUUGCCUGAUGAGCUUGUGGGUGUUAUUGUUGGAUAUUUGAAUUCGGUUGAAUUGAUUUUUUCGGCUGCAAAAGUUUGUAAAUAUUGGAGAGAUGAAGUAGUCUUUCCGAUCGUGAAAGAACAGUAUAAAGCCAUCAUUACUGGAAUUUAUGAUCAUUCCAAACAAGCCGAUGAUCAAUUUGAAAUUACCUCUAUGACAGACUUUUACACCAAAACACACGGUCAGAGAUUUGUGAAACACAUGCUUAGAAAAUGUGUGUUUGAUUAUGCCGUUCAGUUACAAAAACUUAUUCAUCGCAUAAAUAAUGAUGACAGAGUAGUUGAGUGCAAUCCUUCAUGGUUGGACACCGAGCUCUCUAUUUUGAAACAACAUUUUUCAAAUUUCAGUGAUGUGAGAGAAGGAAUUCAAAUCCAUACCACGACAACCAAAGUUAACAUCAGCUCAGAUACAGUCAAAACCAGUAAUAGCGGAGGUGGUGGAAUUUUCAAAGGAGUUUUGGAUUAUAUGUCAUCGUUAUUUGGAGGUAAUAAGAGCACCAGUAGUUCCACUUCGACUCAAACAACCAAGAAUCCGUCCAACGAAAAAACAGUACCAAAGUCAACAUCGUAUACGCAAGAAUUUGAUUUUCUGUUCAAAUCAUUGCUAGCUGGCAAUUAUGGAGCAGGAAAAACUUCCUUUUUAAAAGCAUCUUUGCAAGAUACACCAAGCUCACACCAUGCCGAUCCUACUAUUGGUGUGGAUUUUGGGAUGCGAAUGUUCGUUUUGGGGAACACUAGUAAAAUCAAACUUCAAAUGUGGGAUCAGUGUGGACCUGAACGAUUUCGAUCAAUCACCUCAGCGUUCUAUCGAGGUGCAAGAGUUAUUUAUUUUAUGAUCGAUUUGGCGGACCAGAAUAACUGGUUGGAACAAUAUGUUCAAGAAACACUCAAACACGCACCAGAUGGAGCAGAAAUAAUUGUGGUUGGAACUAAAACUGAUCUGCAUGACAAGAGAAAAAUGUUGAAGCGAGAUUUAGAAAAACUCGCAUUCGAAACGUUCAACGGCUCACUGUAUUUAGAAAUAACGAAUACGAAAAUUGAAGAACCACAAACAGUGACGUUAUACUCUGUGUUGUUGUGUUAUCUUUUGAGUGUCAACAAGGUAGAACCAUCAAUAACGAUUGUGAAAUAA